CCCUUCUCGCCCGGCCCGGCCCUUCCGCUCCGCCGCGGCUGCGCAAAGCCCUACCCAAUCGAAAACAUCCCUCCGCUGAAAAGGGCAGCGAUUGGUCCCAAGCGCCAGAGCUGCCCGGAAGGGGCGGGGCUUACAGCUAUCGCCGCACAGCGGGGUGGUCCAAAGACCGACGGAAGUGCUCGAGGUUGUUGCCGGAAGUGGGAAGAGAGAGGUUGCGAUGGCGGCUGAAGCGCUGGUUGAGAAGGUGCCUUUGGACAGCGCGGAGGAGCAGCAGCCCGUCGCAGCGACCGAGGAGCUGGCAGCCCAGAAGCGCGAGCAGAGACUGCGCAAAUUCCGGGAGUUGCACCUGAAGCGGAACGAAGCUCGUAAAUUAAAUCACCAGGAAGUUGUGGAAGAAGACAAAAGACUUAAGCUACCUGCAAAUUGGGAAGCCAAGAAAGCUCGUUUGGAAUGGGAACUACAGGAAGAAGAAAAGAAAAAGGAAUGUGCAGCAAGAGGGGAAGACUAUGAGAAAGUAAAGUUGCUGGAAAUCAGUGCAGAAGAUGCAGAAAGAUGGGAGAGGAAAAAGAAGAGAAAAAACCCUGAUCUGGGAUUUUCAGAUUAUGCUGCUGCCCAGUUACGCCAGUAUCAUCGGUUGACCAAGCAGAUCAAACCUGACAUGGAAACUUAUGAGAGGUUGAGGGAAAAGCAUGGAGAAGAGUUUUUCCCAACAUCCAAUAGUCUUCUUCAUGGAACACACGUACCUUCCACAGAGGAAAUUGAUAGGAUGGUCAUAGAUCUGGAAAAACAAAUUGAAAAACGAGACAAAUAUAGCCGGAGACGUCCUUAUAAUGAUGAUGCAGAUGUCGACUACAUUAAUGAGAGGAAUGCCAAGUUCAACAAGAAGGCAGAAAGAUUCUAUGGGAAAUAUACAGCUGAAAUUAAACAGAAUUUGGAAAGAGGGACAGCUGUGUAAUCCCUUCAGGAACUGUUUGGAAGCUUGAGAAUAAAGUGAAGCUUUCUGCUAGCAAAUUCUACUUCUGGUAAACCAGAACUCAAAUCUAUGCCUUCACACUUAGCAUUUAGAAAUAAAUGUUUUUACUUAAACAUAUACUUUCAUGGAUAUUUCCACAUUUUUGUGCUUGGAUAUAAGAUGUAUUUCUUGUAGUGUACUUGUUUUGUAAAAAUCUACUUUGUAUAAAUUCUAAUUAUAUUAUUUUUCUAUGUAUUUUUAAUGUGUAUCAUUUAAAUUUUUGAAGCAUUUCAGGCUGAAGAUGCUGGCAGCAUACAUAAUGCAGUCAUUGUGGCUUUGAAUAUUGAUAUGAAUUUGACAGGUCUAGAGCUGGGCUCAGGAACCAUUUGGGGUUUUAUACUCUGCAGGGAGUGGCGGUGGCUUGGGUACUGCUGCCCGUGACCGCUGGUGACCAGCUUGAGGAAGUAACAGAACUAUCCCCCCAUGAACACUGACCACAUACAGUUUUCUUUUCUAAGUAGCGAAUACCCUAUGGAAUAGUCUGUACUAAACAGUUUGUGUAUAUACAGAAAUAUUAAAAGGUUUUUAUUAUGGGACAUUUCAGAUAUUCAAAAGAAGACAAUAAUAUAAUGAAUCCCAUGUACCCACGCCCUGUCUUCAGCAAUCAGCAACUCAUGGCCAAUCUUGUUUCAUCUUUAUUUCUGUCCCUUUUUUCCUUUAUGUUAUUUUGAAACAAAUACUGGAUUGUAUAAUUUCAUCUAUAAACAUUUCAGUAUGUAUUUGAAAGACUAAAAAAAAUAAGGAACACAAUACCAUGAUGACAAUUUUAAUUUAAUAAAAGUCCAGAGAAAAAUUGUUGUAAUUUUUGCUACACGUUGAUUAAAAUGUUCAAUAUCUAAGUAGGACAUUCCAAAUUGAAAGAAAUCUGAAACACAUGAAAUUUUGCAAAUACUUCUGCUUUAGUAUUUAAAGACCAAUUUAACAUUUAAUACCAUUGCUGAGUAUUCCCUUUAAAAAAAUCUUUGUUGCACUUCCCACUGAAUAAUCAGUUUUCAUGCAGAUUUUUAGCAUUUCUAUGGACACUGAAUCAGGUCUGGGCACAGGGCAUUGAUGUUAUCUCUGAAAAUGCAUUUAAUGUGUUUCUAUUCCCAUCUCCACUAAGUAAGUUCUUUGAUACUGAAUAUCGCAGUAACCUUAGAAAAUAAGUUUAAAACAUUGUCAAGUGGAAUCCAGCAAUGAAAACUGUAACCUGGGUGGGUUAAUUCUGAGAGUGCAAAAGUACUUUGUUGUAGAGCCUGUUAGUUGUCUGGUGAAUAUCAAUUCUUCUUUACCAACCAGAAGCCUUAUUUUUUUGUGAAUUUGUAGUAAGAGUUCCAGCUAAACACCCUUCCUGAGACAGAUUUGCAGUUAGAGGCAAUCAUAACUCUGGCAAAGGCACCAUCUCAUUUAUUUUGAGAAGUCUUGUUUUUUGAAUUUGGAGUUGCCCUCUUAGAUCCCCCUUCCUUCUUUCUACUCGGAACACACACUUGAGGCUUGGAGUGACAGCAGCCACUUUGUGCACAAAGUCACACUCGUUAGGACAAUAGUUGAUGUGCUGAGGAGAGUGAAGCAGAGCUUGGGUGCCUGUUGGCAUUACUGAGCAGCUUCACCAGUGGACGCCUACCUCUCUUCCUGUUUCCGCUGCUGAAUAAAUUUAUGACUAACGCACAGAUCAAUUUCAAGACAUCUGUUAACAUAUGUUAAAUAUACGAAAAUGAAGGUAUCCGAAAAUGGAGAUGGAAGGAAAUAGUUCUUAAAAUACCAAUAAAAAUUAGAAGAGAUUAAGAAGACACAGGACCUUUGUGAAGAAAAUGAUAAAAUUGAGAGAAUAAACAAUUCUAGUUUCAAGCAAGAUGGAAUGACGGAAUGUUUUUACUUUCCAGCUUAACACCUUUCCCCCACCCCAGUGAUAGAAUAUAUAAAACAACAGUUUCAGAUACUGCAAAUCAGGAGGUGAGGAAGGCCAGAGAGAAAACAAGGGGAGCCCUAUGAUAGCCCCAGCUUAUUGCCUCUGGAGAACUUACAAAAAGCUGUGGUGUGUGGAGGGAGAAGCCGGGCAAAGCCCAGAGAACUCCCUUAGAGCUGAAAGAGAUAGGGCUGAAAGUCUCAGUGAGAGCACAGCAGUGAGAGCUCAGUGCUGGCCAGGAGGGGACUGCAACAGAGAAGUCUUGA